AUGGAGUCCGACCCUCUCCUGGUUUCUGUGGAGAAGAGCUGGUGUGCAGACCCGGACUUCAGCUCCCAGGAGAGGCUCCAGAAGCCCAGGACCGACUCGUACUCCUCCACCGCAUCCUCAGGAGCUGCGGUCCUGCUGCAAGGAGAAGCAAGAUCUGAAGUAGCCAAUGGGGUGGCGGAUGAAGACCUCUACGUCAGCCAGGCUGUGGUGUUCAUUGAAGACGCCAUCCAGUAUCGCUCCAUAGACCAUCGCGUUGACCAGAACUCCCUGCAGUUGUAUCGAUGGUAUUAUUCCGACUUGUGCCAGAGGAUUUUAAAUGUGACGAUCUGUGUGAAUCUGGCGUUGGCCUUUGUAGAGAGUCCGUCUUCGCUGACGCUCACAUCGGAUGUCCGUUACCGCAAGGCUGCCUGGGAGCCGCCGUGUGGCCUGACUGAGAGCAUCGAGUUUAUCACCUUCCUGCUAUUUGUUGCUGACCUCUCUGUGAAGAGUUAUUUAAUUGGGUGGAAUGAGUUCAUGAAGAACAAAUGGCUGCUCUGCUACAUCGUGACUCUUUCGGUUUCCAUUGCGGAUUGGACGGUGUCUUUGUGCUUCAUGUGCAGAGAGUGGGUGAGAAUCCGGAGGCUCCUGCGACCGUUCUUCCUUCUCCAAAACUCUUCUCUUAUGAAGAAGACUCUCAAAUGCAUCAAGAGAACAUUACCGGAGAUGGGCAGUGUGAUGCUGCUCCUGGCUUUGCACCUCUGCCUCUUCACCAUGUUCGGUAUGCUGCUGUUUGCUCACGCAAAGGAUUCGAAGGUGGACGUUGAGUGGUUGAGAUACUUUCGCAAUCUGCCGGACUCCCUGACCUCCCUCCUGGUGCUGCUGACCACCGCCAACAACCCCGACGUGAUGAUUCCGGCGUAUUCCUUCAACCGGGCGUACUCCCUCUUCUUCAUCAUAUUCACAGUCAUAGGAAGUCUGAUAUUGAUGAACUUGCUGACGGCCAUUAUAUACAAUCAGUUCCGUGGCUACUUAAUGAAAUCGGUACAGACGUCUCUGAUAAGAAGAAGACUGGGAAUUCGAGCAGCGUUUGAAGUUCUCGCCUUCUACAGGGAAGUCACAUCCCCCACUCGUGACCGGGCGGCUUGUGUAGACUGUGAAACGUUCAUUAAAGUCUUACAGAAAGUCAAACUGGAAGCCUACUGCAAGAUGGCCAUCAUAGAGCAAGCGAAAAGCUGCACUAGCGGCUCCAUCUCCGCCGAGCGCUUUCAGAAGCUCUUUGAUGAGCUGGAUAAAGAUCCAGUCCGACAGCACCCGCCCCAACCCAUGUACCAGUCCAGGUUCCUUCAGAUUUUGCAAGUCAUUGGCAGCCAUCGAUACUUUGACUUCCUUGGGAACGUGGUUGCUCUGGCCAAUCUCCUGUCUAUCUGUAUUGUUUUGAUGGUUGAUGCAGAGAAACCUGGGAGCGACAGAGAUGAUUUUUUCUUAGGGGCCAUAAACUGCUUCUUCAUCCUCUACUAUGUCCUGGAAGUGGCUCUGAAGGUUUUCUCCCUGGGGAUUAAGAACUAUGUCUCUUACCCAAGCAACAUUUUUGAUGGAGUACUCACAAUCAUUCUACUGGUUUUGGAAAUUGCUACCUUUGUGAUAUACAAGUUCCCACAUCCCGGCUGGAAGCCGGACAUGCAGGGGCUGCUGUCUCUCUGGGAAAUGGUCCGUCUCGUCAACAUGUUUAUAGUCUUCAGAUUUCUGAGAAUCAUCCCAAAUAUGAAGGUGAUGGCGCUCGUGGCGGGCACGGUGCUGGACCUAGUAAAGAAUUUACGGGCGUUUGCUGGCAUCCUGGUGGUUGUAUACUACGUAUUCGCUAUCAUCGGUAUCGACCUGUUUAAAGGUGUCAUCCCUAAUCCUAGAAAUGCAAGUUCAUCUGCUAAUGAGACGUUACCGUGUGGAUCCUUCGAGCAGCUGGAGUACUGGCCCAACAACUUUGACGACUUUGCAGCGGCCCUGGUUACCUUGUGGGACGUGAUGGUGGUGAAUAACUGGCAGGUCUUCCUGGAUGCUUACUCCCGAUACUCGAGCCCAUGGUCAAAGCUGUACUUUGUGGCUUGGUGGCUGGUCUCCUCAGUGAUCUGGGUGAACUUAUUUGUAGCUCUGAUUCUUGAGAACUUUAUCCACAAAUGGGAUCGAAGUUACCGACACGCGGCGGCAAUGACUCCGUCUCAGGAAGUAGAAUAUCACAUGACCGUUCAGCUUAUGUUCAGAGAAGACUUGGAGGAACCGACGGACGAGGAGCUAUUGGACCGCUUACAUCAUCACCCUCAUCUCCAUCUCUCCAGAUGACCUUCGCUUCGCACAGGUCACUUUAAAUACUGGACAAUCAGGAA